AUGGAAAGAGAUGAUGAUGAUGAUAUUCCAACACCAGAUACAAGUCGUUCAAACAGUAUAGAUGAGGAUGAAGAAAAUUCAUCGUUACCUUCUCCACCACAACCAACUGAAGAAAUUACUCAAAUUGAAUCAUCUCCUUCGAAUGAUACAUCAACAAAUGUUACUGAACAAAUAAGAACAACACUAGCGAUGAAACGUGCUACAUUUAUAACAAGUUCUUCUUCAUCAUCAGAAUCCGAAACAGAUUUUGUUGCUUUGGAUAAAAGUGAUUUUAAUCAGAAUGAUGUACCAUCAAUAAAUGUCGUAAGUUGUUAG